ACACUCACGGUACACGCAGAAAAACGCCAACAAGUGAAUAUAACCGUAUCAUCAUCAUUAUCAUUCGUUUAUUUCGUUUGUGUUCCUCCAGUGUCCGUCGUCGCGGUCUAUAGUGUAGUGAGUGCGUACAAAAAUUGAUUUUUUUUGUGGUUUCCCGAACGGUUUCGCGGAAAGAGGAUCUUCGAUCGCUGAGGAUAUCUCGUCGCCGGACCCGGAACGCUCUGACAACCGUCGUUGCGCGCGAGAUGUCGUACCGUCGUCCGUCUGCGUUUGUAGACUACACGUCGUUAUCCGAUAGCGAUUGACGCACGAUCAAACAUCCGGACGAGGCCGUCUUAUCAUCGAUCGGAUUCAAUAUUGUUCCGACGACAGACACUCUUGAGAGUCGGAGGUCGUCCGUGGUGGCGCGAUCCAUCGUCGACGUCGGUACGCAACUAGCGGGACCGUCCUCCGUCGUUAUGCCACUUAUUGAUAGAGCAUGAACUUUAAAUGCCAUGGGUGAAGGCAACCAGAGGUACAUAGUGCAAGUGUUUGUGGGUGCUUUAUCACAAUGCUAUGAAGCACUCAGUGUGGAGGCUAGCAAACAAACUUCUUCUGAUGAGAUUGUUAGCUGUAUAGUGGAACGACUUUCUUUGUCAGGGGGUUGUGGAACUACUUGCAACAGUGCAUUUGAGCUAGCUGAAGUGGUUGGUGAUGCUCUUGGACGAGAAUGUAAAGAACGCAGACUUGGUCCUACAGAAUGCCCUGUAGCUGUUAUGCUUUUAUGGCCCCAACCUCGUAGGCACACUCAACAAGAAGAAUAUUAUAGAUUUUAUUUGAGAGAAAAACUAUCAGACAGUCUGUGGGCUGAUGGUUUCACUAUGGACCCACAACUUAUACGAGACUACUUCUACAGAUUUCUUUAUCAACCCCAAGAUCGAGAAUAUCCAGAUCUUUGUCAACUUCCUGAUCUCAAUGAACAAACACUUUUAGACAACCUAAGAGCUAGAUUUUUGGCUGGUCAUAUAUAUACAUAUGUUGGUUCCAUUUUAAUUGCAGUUAAUCCUUUUAAGUUUCAUCCCAUUUAUAAUCCAAAAUAUGUUAAACUCUAUCAAAACCGAAGACUUGGUCCAGAGCUACCUCCUCAUAUUUUUGCCAUUGCUGACGCCGCGUACCAUUGUAUGUUAAGAGAAAGACGUAAUCAGUGCAUUGUGAUAAGUGGAGAAAGUGGAAGUGGCAAAACAGAAUCUACAAAUUUUCUUUUACACCACCUCACUGCUUUAAGUCAGAAAGGUAGUCAUGGUAGUGGUGUAGAACAAACUAUACUUAGUGCUGGUCCAGUGUUAGAAGCUUUUGGUAAUGCUAAAACUGCACAUAAUAAUAAUUCAAGUAGAUUUGGUAAAUUCAUACAAGUUAAUUACAAAGAAAAUGGAAUGGUACAUGGUGCGGUUGUUCAAAAAUAUCUUUUAGAAAAAUCCAGAAUUUGUUCUCAGGGACAAAAUGAACGUAAUUACCAUGUAUUUUACUACCUAUUAAAUGGAGCAAGUGAUUCGGAAAAAGAGGCAUUACAUUUACACCGAGUAGAUUAUUAUAAUUAUUUAAAUGGGAGUGGAUGCUACACUUUAGGAAACUUAGAUGAAAAAUAUGAAUUCUCUAGAUUAAAACAAUCUAUGGAAAUGGUAGGUUUUACACCUGAAAAGCAACGCCGAUUAUUUGCAGUUCUUUCAGCAGUUUUAUUAUUAGGUAAUGUCGAUUUUCAACCACGCAAAUCUGCUUACCAUCAUGACGAAGCGGUUGCUGUACGUAACCCUGAAAUAGUGUUUUUAAUAUCACAACUCCUUAGAGUAAAACAGGAAACAUUGUUAGCUGCUUUGACAGCUAAACGUGCUAAAGCAUCUGGAGAAACAUUAGUAAUUAACUAUAAGUUACCAGAGGCUAUAGCAGCUAGAGAUGCAAUGGCGAAAUGUCUAUAUGGCGCUUUAUUUGAUUGGAUUGUAUUACAAGUAAACCAUGCAUUACUUUCAAAAAAAGAUACUUUAAGAGAUCAUCAAGGAAAUUCAAUUGGAGUGUUAGAUAUAUUUGGAUUCGAAGACUUUGGUACUUCAAAUAGUUUUGAGCAAUUUUGCAUAAACUAUGCAAAUGAACAUCUUCAAUAUUAUUUCAAUCAACAUGUGUUUAAAUAUGAACAAGAAGAAUACCGUAAAGAAGGAAUUAAAUGGAGUGAUAUAGAUUUUUUAGAUAAUACUGGAUGUUUGCAAAUGAUUGAAGGCAAACCUAAUGGAUUGUUGUGUGUUUUGGAUGAUCAAUGCAAUUUUCCUGGUUCAUCUUCUGAAACAUUAUUACAAAAAUUUAACUCUGUUCACAAGGAUAACAAGUUCUAUGAAAUGCCUCAACGUAAAGAAAGUGCUUUCAUUGUGAGACAUUAUGCAGGACGAGUUAAAUAUCAAGUUUUUGAGAUGAGAGAGAAAAAUUUAGAUCUUAUGCGACAAGACAUCGUAGGUGUAUUAAAAAAUAGUAGCAUGGCAUUUGUUCGAGAACUUGUUGGUGCAGAUCCAGUCGCAGUGUUCCGCUGGGCAAUUGUAAGGGCAUUUUUCAGAGGUUAUUUUUCAUUUCAAGAAGCUGGUCGUAGACAUCGACAAAGUAGAGUUGAUGGUGUAAAAGCUUCAAGUAUAUCUUUACGUUUCAGAAAUAGUUUACAAAACGAAAGCUUAAUCAGUCAUCUAGUAACAAUGUCAUCGGUAAACCUCACCAUAAACCGUAUAGUGAAAAAUAAAUCUUUUAGACCAAAAGACCGUGGUAAUAAAGGAUUAAAAAAUCUUCAAAGUGUCAAAACACUAGCUGGACGAAUACAAGUACAGGGUUCAAUUAACAGUAAAGCUCGUAAACAACCUCUUACUGUAACUGCUCAGUUUCAAAUGUCUUUAAAUAGUCUUAUGGAUACUCUUAAUCAAGCAAAUCCUUUUUUUAUUCGAUGUAUUAAAAGUAAUAGUAAUAAAGUUGCAAAUAUGUUUGAUCAUGAUACUGUUCAAAGACAAUUACGUUAUACAGGAAUGUUAGAAACUGUGAGAAUUCGACAAGCUGGUUAUAAUGUACGACUUAGUUAUGAAGAAUUUGUCCAACUUUAUCGAAUAUUACUACCUAAAGGACUUAAUAGUAACUCUCAAGAUGUUCGAAAUUUUUUACAAACAUUAAAUUUAGAUCGAGAUAAUUAUCAAAUUGGCGAAUCAAAGGUAUUUUUACGAGAAUGCGAAAAAUUAAAACUUGAUUAUAGACUUCACCAACAAAUAAUGGCAAGCAUUGUAACUAUACAACGUUGGUUUCGUACACUAUUACAACGAAGACAGUAUCUUAGAAUUACAUGGGCUACAGAAACGUUACAAUCUUGGUGGAGAAUGAUAUUAGCUCAACGGUUAGUUAAUAAAAUGAGAAUGGAUGAAUCAGCAGCUGUUUAUAUACAGUCUGUAUGGCGAAAACAUAGGGUAGCAAGCUGGUAUAAGAAUUUACGAAGAAGUGUUAUUACUUUACAAGCCCAUUCUCGGGGUUAUUUAGCCCGACAAAAAUUUUCAAAAAUAAAAAAUACGAGGAAGAGUGUUUCAGCUCCUCAAAUAAGUAAUUCUAAAGAAUCUAGUCAAGAAGAACUGCACGAUUCUGAAAGUAGUGGAGGAGCAAAAGGUGACAGUGAAUCGGAAGCAGAUCCAUUUGUACAACCUAAUAUGAUUAAUAAUAUUAAAGAAGAACAAUUUAAAGCCCCAAAAAGAAAAGUCUCAUCUCGUCUAAGAAUAGAAUCCCACCCAACUGAUGCACAUAAUAAAGAACGUUUUCACAAGACUGAUGGUCCAACUCAUGAAGGAACAGCAUUUAGCGAUAGUGAAUUAGAUGAUAAUCAUAUGAAACCACCAGUUGUUUGGAGACGAAGAGAACGAACCAGUGAUUCUAAUAAACGCACUUUACUUACUAGAACUCCUCAUGUUACCUCCGACCCAAAUCCUCCAGUCCGUUUAUUGGGUCGACUUCGUGUAUCCAAUACUGAACCAGCUCCAGACAAUUCCAUUACAAAUGAAAAAGAAUUAAAAAGAAGAAACAGUGAUGGCUCAACCACACACUCAGGAAAAUCAGAUGAACCAAAAUUAACAUAUUCACCGUCUUUUGAACUUUUGGAAUGGAAAGGCACUACCAUGUUUACCAUAGCUGGCCAUCGGUUUAGGAAAUUAGGAAGAUUUACUCCUCAAGAUAAAUGCACUUAUUGCAAUAAAUUGAUGGAUGCCUUUUUAACUCAAGGACACAAGUGCUCAGAUUGUAAAAAGUUAUUUCAUACAAAAUGUAUUCAAAAUGGCGGUGUACUACAAAUGCCAUGUAUACAACAAAAUGGAAGUAAUCGACCAACCAACCGAAGAAAACCUAGGAAGCCUGCUCUUGGUGGCAAUAAAGCUCAUAUAACACCAAACAUAGCAAAUAAUCAAAAUAAUACUACAGUAGGGAAAUUCAGUUUAACUGGUACAUCAGAAUUCACAGACCGUACGGACAAGAUUAUAUCUGACGUGCGUGAACUUAAAAUGAUGCAAGAUUUUAUAACCAAAAAGCUGUACAAAAUUGAACGAGAAGAAGUUAAAAAACCAUCCCAAGUUGAUAGAAUAUUUAAACAGGCAUUACGGGAAUUUAAGGAAAAUCUUAUUGCAACUUAUAGCGUUGCUAAUAAACAAGGAAACGGUCAAGUACUCAAUAUUAAAUAUAAAGAUCUAAUUGCCAACUUCUUACACGUGAUAGAAACUGUUUGUGGAAAUGAGAAAAUCCAAGAUGAUUUUCCAGUGACUCUUUGUGUUAAUGCAUUUCGUGGUUUUAUGAAUGAGUUUAUGAGUCAAAAUCGAGUUGAAACAGAAAAGCCUAGUAAAACAAAACGUAAAAAACAGAAAAAACAGAAAUCUGAAGACCAUAUUAAUCACGGUGGGCACAUGUUACAAAUGAGUAUGAUAAACAUUCCUACAGCUUGUGAAGUUUGUACUUCAUUCUUUUUAUGGCCAAUUGAAAGAAGUUUGGUAUGUCGAAAUUGUAAAUUGACAUGUCAUAAAAAAUGUUAUACUCGUGCAAAUCUUGAGUGUUUAAAAGACAUGAACUCUUCUACAGCCAACAUGCAGUCAAAGGGGAUUUGUGUUGUUAAAGGGAAAGUUUUUGGACGUCCUUUAGGUGAAUUGGAUCUAAGCAUGGGUAAAGUUCCAGCUGUUGUUGAAUGUCUUAUAACUAUUAUUGAAAUGUAUGGAAUGUACACAGAAGGCAUUUACCGCAAACCUGGGCUUACAACACGUGUAAAUGAACUUAAAGAACUCAUUGACAAUAAUGACGUAAGCAAAAUUGAAUUUGAAAAAUAUCAGGUUCAUGUACUGGCCAGUGUAUUGAAGUCAUUUUUACGUGACAUGCCAGAACCAUUAUUAACAUUUGAUUGUUAUGAUGAUUUUAUUCGUGCUGCUAGUCUAUCAGAAGAUCGUGUCUCAACAUUGUUUAACAUUUUGAAAAAAUUACCAAAAGUCAACUACGAUUUAAUGGAAAGACUUGUUUUUCAUCUUGCUAGGGUUGCAUUGCACGAAAAUGUAAACCGCAUGAAUGCUAGUUCAUUGGCCAUAGUGUUUGCGCCAUGUGUAUUAAGAACAAAUAAAUUAGUUCCUGCACAAGAAUCACUUAGAGAUAUUGAACAACAGACUCUUUGCAUCAGUUCUAUAAUUAGCCACCAAAUGGAUAAAAUCAAAUCAACAUUAGCUGACAUUGAUACAUUAGAUACUGCACAUCAUACAGCCACACAUCGGUUAUCUUCUUUACGUAUUUCAAAAGUGUAUGGACCAACCGAAGGACCCAGUAAAAUGGACGAAGAAGAAAAAAUGCUAGUUGGACAAAUUCAAGAAAUCAAGAAAGAGAAAGACUUUUUGACCUCUAAUUUACCAAGUUUGCGACGCACAAAUUCAGAUGAUGAUCUCUUAUCAACUGAUGAUGGAAGUUUAGAUGAUGUUGACACAAAUACACUUGGUAGUAGUCGCAAAACUAAACUGAAAAAUACUACGAAAAAAUCUAAACGUUCGAAUAAUAAUACAUUGGAUAGCGAUGAGGAUCCAAUUAUGGUUUGAACAUAGUACAUUCAUUUAACUUUAUAAUGCAUUUUGUUUUGUAUUUUUUAAACAUAAAGUUAUGGGUGUAUUUUAUUAUUUAAGACUUGAUAAAAUACUUAAGUUAUCCCAAAGGCUGUUACUUUUGUAUAGCUUGUUGUUUUGUAUUAUAUUUUUUCCAUUGUAUGUUGGUUAGUUGGUGCUAUAUCAUUGUUAUUUUAUUUUUUUAAUUACUAUUAUUAAUUUUUUUAGUAGCCUUGUAAAAAAGAAAAACGUUUGUUUAACGUAAAGACUGUACUACGAUCAGAGUUGUGGUUAUUUUGUACUUCUGUUCUUUAUUGAUACUUCUUUAGAAUUUCAGUUAUAUUGUUAAAUAACAAAUUAAAUUUAUACUAAACGA